AUGAGGAGGGAUGAUACUGGAGGUCGGAAGGGCAGAAUUAGAAUAGAAAUUACAAUGAAACAAAGAAUUGUAAAAUUUGAUUUAUCACUGCUGUUUCUUCUCGUUAAACAAAAAAAAAUUUUUUUAAUUUUAUAUUCAUCUAUCUUCUUCUUUUCUUCUUUUGAAGAUGGAAAUGGCCCAAAACGAUACUUUGAUGACGUUCGAAGGAUCACUGAAGAUGAAGUACGUGAAGCACUUCGACGGGAAGCCAAGCGUCAUAAGUAUUGGAGUAGUAAAACGGUGAAAAAAAUGGAAAUUGAAGACAUAGUGACAGUGGCAUGCUAUCAUUAUGCUUUGGAAAGUUUUACGGAAACACGAUGCACCACUAAGGCUACAGAAGGUGUCACGUUAGGCCAAUUUCUUGAAUAUCGUGAUGAAGCUGGUAGCAGCAGUUUCAACAUGAAUCCAUGGGAUUAUGAAUUUGAACCCGAAGAGGAAUUUGUUGAAAGGACCAAGGUUGUCACUAUGCCAGGGACAAGUGAGUUACAAACUUGUGCAACCUGUAACGCUCAAGGUCUGAUACACUGCUUCUACUGCCGUGGUUAUGGUACCGAUAAAUGCGGUUAUUGCAGAGGUACCGGUAUGAAAGCCGGAGUUGCACAUCCAGCAGUUUACACGCAUCCGAUGAUUGGAACUUUUCCACAUUCCGACAUGACUAGAGGAUAUCCUGGCACCGGGACGGCAAUCAUUCGACCUCCAUCCGGUGAUAUGGCCUACGGAGUCGGGACGCCAAUUCAUUUUAUGGCAAAAGCCGGUGUCCCACCGCCAGGUAUUGGUCAGCACGAUCUAUGCUUAUUUUGCCAUGGUCGUGGUCUUAGCGACUGCUCACACUGCAAAGGCCACGGCAAAAAACCCUGUACAGUAUGCGGAGGUAGUGGUACAGUUCGACAGUUCAUAAAGCUUAGGAUCACUCUAGCCGUAGAACGCUCAGAUUUUUACACGCAGUGUGAGGUUCCAGAAAAACUGCUACAGCGUGCCGAAGGACAGAUUGUAGUCAAUGAAACUUUACCAUAUGUUUUACCAAUUAAAAGUCAUCCCCUAAAUGAAGUUAAUGUAAAAAGUCGACAGUUAUGUGUUCAGCAUCUUGACAAAUGUAUCGGGAAAUCUAGAAUCAUUAGAGUUUACGACGACAAUUUUCCCUUUCUUGUUGCCUAUCUUGAAAGCGAUCAGUCCAAAAACCAUACAUCAAAGCUUCACAGAUUGAUUGGUCACUUUAAAAAAGGGGGAAAUGUCUUAUCUUGGGUCAGAAUUCAUCACAGUUAUGGAUUUCUACUGUUCUUCAAUUUUCAGCAACGUCACUGCCUAAUAGCAAUUCCAGUGGCCAAAGUUCGGUUUCAUCUAGGCACAAAAACUGGCAAUUUUUAUAUAUAUGGCAAUGAACACUCAUGUUACGCCCCAAAUUACCCAACACGAUGUUCGAUUCUUUAA